CUCGUCAUUGAUGUCUAAAUAGACUAUAGUUCUGUCUUGAAAUUGAGAGUUGCAACUCUACAAGACUAGGCUAGCAUCGCCCUGCCCGUUUAACAGCUUUAAUUCUACCCAACCAAAAAGGCGAAGAGGAUAUUCUGCAGGUAAGAUACGCACCCUUUUCGUAGACCAGCAUAUCGAUUUUGUUCAAAUAAAUAUUUACUCAACGACAAUAGUUCGGGAGUCAAUCCACAGUCGGUCACGAUCCUUUAAAGUCUUGCGCGGCUUCGUUUUCAAGUUCCCAAAAGCGCGCAUUACAGUAUUUGCACGAUUUACUUUCUUAAGUUGUUCAUCUGCUGAGUCAAUAUGGUUUUGAAGUUUAUUUUAAAGAUUUAAUGGAUACGAUUUUCGUCCGUUUAAUGAGUAGGCACAUCAGGGGGACGCAUGCUAAACCUGCCGCAUCUUAGGCAUUAGCAUAAGAUGCGGCUCAAGUUGAAUGAGACGUUUUUUUCGUAUUCAACUUGUCACUACCUACUCCAUUAUUCCGGAGCUAUAAGCUUGAUCUGAAGCUCAGCGCUUAAAAGGUUAUGGAUUUUGACAGAAUCUUAAGUUAUUUAGGGGGAUGAAGGCUAUUAUCAUCUCAGUGGGAACGCUCUUCGUCACCCUAUCAAUUUCCUGCUGCUUUGCGUCGCCUGUAGGGCCUUUUGAACUUCCCGAUGACACGGCAAGUCCCCCACCAACCUACGAUUUCAAUGGACGAAACAUCACCCUGAGGGAGGGGGAUAUCAUAGACAGGGGCGGUGAUGAGAUUGGUGAGGCAGCUGCUGUUGGUGCGCCGUGGAAAAAUGGACGAAUUCCCUACGCCAUUGACUGCAGUAUAAAAAACAUGCCCAGAGCGAUCAACGCGCUGAACGAUGCCAUAAAGGUCUGGCACGAGCGAACUUGCAUUAGAUUUGUCCCAAAGGAACCGACUGAUGUGCAUUUUGUUACCUUCUUACGAGCAGCCGGCUGCUGGGCGUCAGACGUUGGAUAUCGUGGCCGAAGUUCGUCCGUUUCCAUUGGCCCUGGUUGCGAAUUUAAACACGUGAUGGUUCAUGAGCUUGGUCACGUGAUCGGAUUUUGGCACGAGCAGAGUCGACCGGACAGAGACAACUACGUGAGAGUUGUGCCCGCGAACAUUUUACCAAGUCUGCUCUACAACUUCAACAAAGUGACGUCGAAAACAGACAGUCAUGGAGAGAAAUAUGACUAUGCAAGCAUCAUGCACUAUCCUUUCAACGCUUUCGCCCUAAACCGCGCACGUCAGACACUGAUACCGCUUGAAAAUCUGGAUGGAAAAAUGCCUUACAUUAAAUUGAGCGAUUCUGACGCGACGCAAGCAAAUAAGAUGUAUAAAUGCAACAUUCCGGACGUUGCAACGAAAAAAGACGAUGACUGUGUUGACAAACAUCGUUUUUGCUCGGAAUGGGCCAAGACUAGUCAUUGUAAUCGUAAUCCAGAGCCUUUGCUGACGCAUUGUAGGAAAAGUUGCGAUAACUGCGGUCCGUGCAGAGACGAGUCAUUAGAGUGCCCCAAGCACUACGAUUAUUUCUUCUGUGUUGGAAGAGCUAACUUUGCAUUAAGAGAAUGCAAGGUUGCUUGCGGAAUAUGUACACCAGAUCCCACAAGUCCUCCUACAAAUCCACCCACAAACCCUCCAACCUUCCCACCAACUAACCCCCCAACCCUCGAGCCCACCGCUCCUCCAGUUUUACUCACCCCUCCGCCACAACCGCCGACAACCACCACCCGACCCCCUGUAACGUCCACUGAGAUCAUCCCUCCUGACAAGAAUUACUUUGGGGUGAUAUGUGUCGACCGAAGCGACCUUUGCGAGGCUUGGAAAAAUGACGGACGUUGCGAAAGGGACCAGUGGGUUAGGGAUAACUGUCUGGUUCAAUGCAAUCGAGUCGAUAUCUGUGAUAUAAGCCCAUUUACCCCAACAGGAACAUGCGCGAAUUCGUUGGGCCUAAGUCGACAUUACAAGGGUGUUGAAGCUCUUCCAGACAGUAGUUUCCAGGCCUCCUCUUCAUUUUACCCAGGGGGGAAUUGGGCUGCUCUGCCGUAUUCCGGGCGUCUUUACAACGUUGAUAUUCAUCAAAGGAAGCUUAUUGGUUCGUGGUGUGCUGAUCCUAACAGAGGCAAGGAUUCCUGGUUCCAGGUGAACUUAAGACGACCGAAGCGGAUCACAGGUGUUGCUACACAGGGUCGUGAUGUAUAUUUUGAACACGUGAAGACAUACGAGAUCGAGUAUAGAGAUGAAUUGACGGGAUCGUGGAAUGUGUAUUCUACUAAUGGCAAGCCUGUGGUCUUUGAAGGGAACUGUGAUCAUUUCACGCCAGUCCUGAAUAUCCUCCCCGAGCCGAUUAUCUCCCGAGUUAUCCGAAUACGUCCGCAGACGUACCGAGGUGCUGCUUGUUUGAGAGUCGAACUUUACGGCUGCGAGUCUUGAGACGUGGAACAAUUACUUUGCUUUGAAUUUUUACAAUUUGGGACUGUUUAGUGUUUUAAAUUAACGUAUAGAUUAGAUAUAAUUUCAUUUUGUAUUAUUAUUAUUAUUAUAAAUAAACA